AUGUUAAUUCUGAGGAUCGCAUUUACCUUUUUGCACAAGGACUUUUUCCGAACCUUCCCCAGGUUGUGGUUCCGUUCUCCAACCUCGUCGUUCUUUUGGAAAUUGUUCCGAGGGAACACCUUAUCCUCAAACCAUUCGUCCAGUGACACAGCGCUACAGCUCCCAAGAACCACCCAUUAUAGUCAUAAUGAUGAAAAGGGUUCCGGGCUUUCUUCUUUUUCUUGUGUUAACAAAAGGGUUGGCAUAAAUUUUGAGAAAACCCCUCCUUCUACCAUUACCAUGGACGAACCUGUUGAGCGGAGAGUCAUACUUAGGGAUAGACAUUCAAAAAAUGGAUUUAAUUCCAAGAACAGAAGAACAAUGGGCUCUGGAGAUACAAAAUUAGCAAGAAAAACUGGUAAGGGUAGGAGUAAAGUGGAUGGGGAGAAUAUAGGCGGAAGAUUCAAGAAAGACAAAAGCAAUCAGGUGGAAGUGGAAAAGACAGAGACGGGGUCUAGAAAGACUAAAGUGGAGACACCUGAAGCAACCCUUAGAGUUGGGCUCGAUAUGUGCUCGAAAAGGGGGGAUAUAAUGGGGGCAAUUACGCUGUAUGAAUUGGCAAAGAAAGAUGGAAUAAAGUUGUCCCAGUACCAUUAUGCUGUUCUGUUGUAUCUUUGUUCAUCUGCAGCUACUGGGUUUGUCCAGCCGGCAAAAAGUGGGAGUGGUAGCCGGAGUUUGAGUCAAGUUGACCUGUCUAAGGAGAAUUCUAGUUUGGGUUCUGAAUAUUUGAGUGAUAUGGGAGAAGUGGCCAAAAGAAAUUCUGAUAGAAUUCAAUUGAAUAUACAGGAUCAUAAAACUAUUAAUGGUUAUCCUAUUGAAGUAUCAUUAGGUGAUUCGAGUAAGAGUUUUGAUGGAAAAAACGAUGGGAAAAACUUCUCAAAUGGGACUAUGCAGCUUCACCCAGAAACUUUGGAUGGACUUGUUCAACUGAUGAAGAAGAAAGCUGCUGUAGCUUUAAAUAUUAAAGAUGAUAGAGAUGAAAAAACAGGUUAUGAAAUUCAAGUGAGUGAGGAUGUAAAGAGAUUGGCACUCCAGAAGGGAUUUGAAAUCCACAAGGAGAUGCGUAUGGAAAAGGUUCCGAUGAAUGAAGCCACAUUUACAUCCGUGGCCAGAAUGGCUAUGUCCUUGGGUGAUGGUGACUUGGCAUUUGAUAUGGUUAAACAAAUGAAGGAAUUCGGGAUAAAUCCUCGACUGAGAUCAUAUGGCCCUGCUCUAGCUGUUUUCUGCAGUAAAGGAGAUGUUGAUAAGGCAUUUAUGGUAGAAAAACACAUGUUAGAACAUGGUGUAUAUCCAGAGGAGCCUGAGCUCAAGGCACUUAUGAAAGUAAGCAUAGAGGCUGGAAAGAGUGACAAGGUCUAUUAUUUGUUGCAUAAACUUAGAACGAGUUUGAGACAGGUUUCACUAGCUACGGCAGAUUUAAUUGAAAUGUGGUUUAAGAGCAAGAUAGCUACAAGAGUGGGUAAAAGAAAAUGGGAUAAAGAAUUCAUUAUUGAAGCAAUCAAAAACGGAGGAGGUGGCUGGCAUGGACAGGGUUGGUUGGGUAAAGGAAAAUGGACCGUCUCUCGCACACUUGUUGGAUCAGAUGGCUUAUGCAAAUGUUGCAGCGAAAAAUUAGUCACUAUUGACCUUGAUCCCGUAGAAACUGAAAAUUUUGCCAAGUCAGUGGCAGCUUUAGCUGCACAGAGAGAAAAACAUUCAAGCUUCCAGAAAUUUCAAAAGUGGCUCGACUAUUAUGGUCCAUUUGAAGCAGUUGUGGAUGGAGCAAAUAUUGGCCUUUAUAGCCAAAGAAGAUUUAAACCAUCUAAGAUAAAUGCGGUAGUGAAUGGAAUCCGCCAGAUGCUUCCUUCAAGAAAAUGGCCACUUAUUGUCUUGCAUAAUAGGCGCAUUAUGGGGGAGAAGAUGGAUGAACCUCUCAAUAGAGCAAUAAUCGACAAGUGGAAAAAUGCGGAUGCACUUUAUGCAACACCUACCGGAUCAAAUGAUGAUUGGUACUGGUUAUAUGCAGCUAUAAAAUUUAGAUGCUUACUUGUUACCAAUGACGAAAUGAGAGAUCACUUAUUUCAACUUUUGGGAAAUGAUUUUUUUCCUAAAUGGAAAGAAAGACAUCAGGUUCAUUUCAGAUUUUCUGAAACUGGUCCAGUUUUCCUCAUGCCGCCUCCAUGUUCUGUUGUAAUACAGGAGUCAGAGAGAGGCCACUGGCAUAUUCCAAUUGUAUCGGAAGUUGAACACGAGGACCAAAGAACAUGGUUAUGCAUCACGCGUGCAAACUCAAGCCUAGCAGCAGGGCUGGAUGGAGAAUCACAAAUAUCUCACUCAAAUACCCGGAAGAAAAACCAGGUUAAGCUUACAAUGGAAAGGCAUGGCAACCAUGACAAUGGUAAAUUGCAGGAACCUAUAGAAUCAGAGACAAAUUCGAAAACUAUUCUACAAUCUUCUACGUGGGGGAUACUUCCAGAACUCGAGGCUGCAGAGAAGCUUGGGAGCUGUGUAAUUGAUUUUCAAAUAUAG